GCCGCCCUCGUCGUUGUCAGUUUGUCACUGCCGCGCGCGUGCCUUCCGCCACACGGCGCGGCGCCCUCGUCACAAGCCCGAGCGGUGGUGCGGCUGCUAACUUAGCUGGACUGCAGCACGAGGCCUUGCAGAAGGAGGAUAUAGCCACGACGACAACCACAAAUAUGAAGCCUAGCCACUGCUAGUAGUCCCACUCCCCACCCUGCAGACAACCCACCAUGGGUGACCACGGCGAGGUCACCGCCACGGUCUCUCGCCUCCCUCAGCUCCGUCGUCGACGUCGUCGUCUGUGAGAUGGAAAAUCAGGCCGUGUCGGAGAUGCAUGUCGUUAUGGAUUUGGAAGGCACGACCAAGAGGAUACCGCCGAUGCAGACGCCGAGGGCGCGGCUGCUGCGCAGCUGCGGCGAGUCCAUCCUGGCCAUGGCGCGCGGGGCGUACCGGCGCGUGGAGGCGAUGCGGUGCCCGGUGGGGUGCGUGGCCAGGGGCGCCUCCCGCGCGGCGGCCCCGGUGCUGAGCCCGCUGCGGCUGAGGUGCCUCUCGGCGCUCGCCUUCGCGGACAGGCAGCUCCUCGUCGUCCAGGACGUCGCCGCGGUGCUCUUCCCGGCCGCCGAGCGCGUCCUCGGCAGGGGCGCCGACGACCUCGUCCUCCUCGUCGAGUCCCUGCCCGCCAGGCUCGACGGCGCGAUCGACGCCCUCGAGGCCCUCCUCGCCGGCGCCGCGGGGCUGUUCGUUCUCCCCAAGCGUUGCCGCCGCUACCGAGCCCACGAGGACGAUGACGACGGCGUCGGCGGCGCCGUCUUUAGGGACAUCUGGUGCGACGAGAAGGAAGCCGCGUCGUUGCACCGAUCAGCAAUGGAGGAAGAGGCGCGGAGGCAUUCCGACGACGUGGCUCGGAAGGAACUCGAGAGCUUGGAGGUCGUCACGGCGGACGACGGCGGCGGCGGUGGCAACACCGUGCAUGGCGACAAGGCUCCCGUCGACGGCGAAGGAGAGGCGGCGACUCCGGCGAAACGCGGCGACGCAUCAGGUGGCCAAGAAUGCGGCGUGGAGGAUGUACAGCGGGUGGAGACGCCAGCUGCAGAGAUCACAGAUGCCAUGAAGGACAGCACGGAGAUCGUGAAGGAUGAGGACCAGGAGAGAGGAGGCAGCGAGAGGGAAGAAGAGGAGACCUUCGCCAUGGCCCGCACGGCGGAGAGCAGGGAGGAAGCAUUGCUGGGUCUCUUCGAUAUAGCAUGGCAGCAGAAGCUAGCGUAGGGUAACCAAAGGGCAAAGGUGUAACCAUUGGACACUGUAUAGUAUAGUGUUGUGAAGUUGUAGACUUGUAGUAAUCCUUGCACUGCUAGUGUCAUAUUGUGAACUGUCGCAUACCGGAUUGUAGAGAAUAAAACCUGGGUACAUCACAACGCAUGAGCUGUUCACUGCUUCAAAAAUGUAAAUAUCAGCAGAUAGAAGCAUGCAAACAUUUCAAACCUCC